UCUGCGCGGCUGACGGUAGGUUGUAGAGCAGGUGAAAUGUUGACUGUGGUUCAUAGGGCAACAAACAGCACCGUACGCAGCCCGGGGACACCAAUUGUGGAGAGGGAGAGGUCUGAGAGACCGUGACUGGGGCUGGAUGGAGAGCUGAAAGUGAAUAUGAGGCUUACGUCCUUAAUGAUGUUCAUGUCUCCGCUGCUCUUACUUAUUUUCUCUGUAUGUGUCGGAUUUUCUCAAGCUGCUCCUCGCAUCAGCUCCUACGAUGCGUCGCCAAUUUCCAGGAAGCCCGGCUCAGCCUCCGACACCUGGGGGAGCCUCCACACCGACAUGCCUCGUUCUUCAGGCGAGAGGAGCGUCUAUCCUGGGCCUCUAACCGGUCUCACACCGCGGCCUGGCAUUGUUUCUGCCGGCUCGACCGCCACCACAAACCCCGUUUCUAAAACUGCGACCACCUUCCAGCCUCCUACAACGGACCCGACCACCUCCACUGCUGUCGAUACUGGAAUAAUUUCAGCCACUAAAGAACUAAUAACGGCGCCCAUCUUUAGCUUAACCGGCGCCCGCAAAAGAUCCACCGAUGCCCAGACAUCCUUCUUCGCUCCGGAGAAAAUGCAGCAGACACUGGUGUCCAUGGUUUCACAGCGCUCCACCAACGAUGCCUGGGCUGCAGAUAAUAUCGGCUCAUCUUUCACCUCAGUAGAGAACAGUCAAGAGAGCUUUUGCAACUGCAGCAGUGGCGGCGAGGGGAUUAUGGAUCCAGACGAGUGUGACAAGGUCACCGGUCAGUGCUCGUGUGUAUCGGGUUACGCAGGUCUGCAGUGCGAGGACUGUGAAGAGGGACACUUCACCAACGGCACAAGCGGCUGCCUGCCCUGCGCUUGCGACUCCUUUGGCGCAGUUAACCACCUCUGUGACAGCUCAGGGAUUUGUGUGUGCAAGACGGGAGUGUAUGGACCCAAGUGUGAUGAGUGCCAUCCGGGGUUCUUCCACUUCAGCAGUACUGGCUGCCGACCCUGCCAGUGUCACAACCACACCAGCUACUGCCACCCACAGUCCGGAGUGUGUCUGAACUGUGAGGGAAACACCCAGGGAUCCAACUGUGAGGAGUGUAAACCCGGUUUCUUCCGCGACACCCGAACCCCCCCAACUGAACCCUGUGCUCCAUGUCCCUGCUCCAACUCCACCUCCACCAGCACCUGUCACACUGAUCCCAGUGGCCCCCCAGUGUGUGACAGGUGCCUUCCCCAGUACAGCGGCCCACGAUGUGAUAGGUGCACUGCCGGCUUCUACGAAACCUCUGGGGCCUGUGUUCCCUGUGACUGCAGCGGGAAUGCAGACCCCCAGGGCCCUGCCCAGCUUUGUCACCCCGACACUGGCCGCUGCCUCCGCUGCACCAACAACACCACCGGCUCCCAGUGCCAGCUCUGUGCUCCUGGAUUCACAGGGGACGCCCGAGCACACAACUGCACCCGUCCAUCACCACGGCUCAUUCCCACACCAGCAGGUACAACCACGACAGAGGCCCCCACAAUCAUCACACCCUCCCCCUCCACGUCUACCACCAGCACCACUUUGACCUCCUCCUCAACAGCCAGAGGCAUCCCGGCCUUCACUUCCAGCGGCAACACAAGCGCCGUGCUGACCACCACCGCCACCAUCCAGGCUCUGCUGACCAGCCUGAGCAGCCCCACUGACAACACCACGGCUGCCCUGACUGAAGUCUCCUGGACGCAGUUCAACAUCAUCAUCCUGGCCGUCAUCAUCCUGGUGGUGCUGCUGCUAUUGGGCUUUGUUGGAGGCGUGUAUACCUACCGGGAGUACCAGAACCGCAAGCUAAACGCCCCCUUCUGGACCAUAGAGCUGAAAGAGGACAACAUCAGCUUCAGCAGCUACCAUGACAGCAUCCCCAACGCUGACGUGUCGGGCCUGCUGGAGGAUGAGGCCAACGAGGUGGCACCCAACGGCCAGCUGGCGCUCACAACGCAGGGCAACUGCUACAAGGCUUAGCACACCAUCCACCCCCAAGCUGGACACCUAGAUUUACAGAUGACACAAAGCUGCUGGAAAGUACCAAAUCCAAAGCUCCUUCAUGUAUGACUGCUUGUUGUUAUCUUGCUCGGCUACGAUUCUUCACAACUCUGCAAAGUGACAGCACUGAUCAAGCAGAUCUGAUCAAAGAAAUGGAAGAGUUUUUUUCCCUUUUUGAUAUGAUUUUGUUUGGAAUCAGUGAAAUGGAUCCAAAGAAAAGUGUUUGUUUGAGUUGUGCCUGAAGGGGGCACUGUUGUGCACAUUAGUUGGGUAAUUGGCAUCGCAUGAGACAGGUGCAGAGCGUCCACCUGUGUGAUCCUGACACCAGGGAGAGAGGCUACAAGACAGCCUAGCAUUUCAGAUGUUUUUAAAAAGGACUUUUGACUGUUUAAGUUAUAAGUGGAUCACCUGGAGCAGUGAUCUGAAACUGAGACAAUGAUUGUUAUUUAAUGAAUUUUUAUUCAGUUCUUAUUUAUUGGUUGACGUUUCAUCCUUGGGAGAAAUGCUGCACAUGUAUGAUGUGUUUAUUCAUGGUGUUUUAUCUUAACGUGCUGUCAAAUGGUAAUAUGAAUUGGCCAAUAUGUUCUCAUGUAUAGUUUGUGUGUUUUGGAGAGAGUCGUAGGGGGAGAGGAAGGCUGCUGGCACAAGCAUUAUAACAACCUCACCUUUUGUUUAUAUUCCUUUCUGUUAAAGCGUGCCAGCUCACCUGAAGUCUAAGAGGAGUGUUCCUUUUAAAGAUGCAUCCACCAUUUAUAAACUCUCACAUUUGACACUACUGCAGGGCUAAACCGCCAUAAUCUGCUUGUGAUCUAAUCAGCUCUUUGCUGCCUACCUCAGCAAAAGUUGGAUAAACCAUUAGAACAAUGUUUCACAUACGUUAGAGGCCAGGUUCAGGACGUGUGAUGUCUACAACAUGAACAGUAUUCUAGUAUUGAUACUUUUGCUAUGGAGUGAAAACUACCCAGAGAGCUCAAAAACACAUGCAAACAGACAAAAAAAAAAGGCCGAAAUCAUCAUCAGUUUAAUAACACGAACUGCAGAUACUCACAACAUAACCACACAAACACGCUGCAUAGACGACAAUAGUGUUUCCAGGGGACAUUAAAAGUGAUGCACCUGGCUGGAACACACUUAAAUACAUAACAUAAAAAUAUAUAAAACAUGUAUUAUAAAAACAUCUAUGUUCACUUGUUGUUCAAUACUUUUAACUUCAAAAGUCACAAAACAUUGAAAAACAAGCAGUUUUCUGUUGUUGUUUUCUUGUUUGUGUAUUUGACUGUGAGUAUCUGCAGCCCAUGUGUUGUCAUACUGAUGAUUUUCUCAGAGUUUGCUGUGUGUUGUGUUGAGCUCUCUGGGCCACCGUAGAAACAACCUGCACAUAGUGAAAAAGCCUUGUUGUUCUCACGUACAGUUGCAUCAGUAAGCUGCUAUAAAAUCAAUGCACUUCAAAGCUUCACACCUGAUCCUGGACGUGGAUCAUGUGUUUUCUGUGUUGUUUCGGUUACCAUUGGUUGGGUGCGCUUCUUUUUACCAUGGUGAAUGAGUAAAGCUAAUUAUGGAACUAACUCCUCAGGUACUGGCUCUUUCCCUAAUGUGAUCACUGUAAAUAUGAUUACUGUACAGAUGAAUGUGAAUAGUAACGCUAUUAAUGUACAGGUAGGAUACUGUGUGUACACUGUCACUCUAAAGCUCCAACCUUUUACUCUGGAGGGUGAUGUCGCUUUCAGCCCACGGCUUUUUCUAUUUUUAUUUUUAUUUCUUAUUAUCAGUGGGCUUUGCCAUAUUCACAACUGCAGGACUAAGAACCAUAACCCAGAACUUUGAACAAAGAAUGAAAUGAUGUAAAUAAUACCCCAACAUUGGAGCUCAACUCUCAAAUAAAAAUGGGAUUAACUGUU